AUGCGAUCACCUUUUCAACGGCGUGGCCCUUCGGCUCGCCAAAGCCAUAGCCUAGGCCCCGUUUUGGGUCCCAGCCUUAUGGCUUUAGCAGCUUUGGCGCCUUCUUUAACACAAGCCAUUACAUUCAACUCAAUACCUUCGCCAAAUCUAGACUUUUCGAACUUGGGCAGGAUCGGCAUAGUUGGUGAUUAUGAUGGUAUAUCACUUUACGAGUAUGAGGGACAGAACGAGAGCCCUCGUAACUCGAACGGAAGCGAGUCGCUUCUGGCUCAGAUGCCUAACGGUGCUUUCGCUCCGAUAAUAUCCAGCGACGCCUCGAUUAGAGCCAUGUGCUCGUUCCAGCUUAGUAAUGGAGAAAUGCAAGGAGUGGUAAUAGGCGGUAAUUUCACGAGUUUGGACGGCACACAGUCAAAGGCGGUUGCGAUAUUCAACCCCAACACGACCGAGAUCACUCCGCUGGAUGGAAUCGAGGGUGAAGUCAACGCUCUGUACUGCGACCAGGAACGAGACACUGUCUAUGUGGGUGGUAAUUUUAAGGGUGCUAACUCCACCAACGCGAUCGCCUGGGUUGGUACAGAUGGAUGGACAAACUUACCGUUCGCCGGUUUCAAUGGUCCCGUCAAGGCCAUCACAAAAGCUUCUAACGGGCAUAUCAUCUUUGGUGGCACUUUCACAGGUUUAGGAAACUCGAGCGCACCCAGCCAGUCAGCCAGUCAAGUUAUCAACCUUUCUACAGCGAACAUUACGGAUGAUAAUGGCUCUUCGGAAACCGAUCCCAAGGACAUUGUCUGUCCCGGAUCGAAGUCGAGUCCUUGGCUAUUGCAAGACGACACAGCUGGAUACUGGGAAGCCGAUUUCGGCUUCGGCUUCGCACCUACCAAGCUCAGGCUUCGCAAUACACAGCAGGAUGGCCGCGGCACCAAGACCUUUCGUUUCGUCGCUUAUCCUAUCGAUGGUAUCAUGAACUUGACAUAUGUCGACCCAAACAGCGGCAGUAACGUCACUUGCACUAGCGAGUGUCCACUUCCCGAGGGCGACGAUUAUCAGGAUUUCACCUUUGUCAACCGUGUUGGUAUGAACAGGUUUCGUCUCGCCGUUUCCGAAUGGUACGGCAAAGGAGGUGGUCUUCAAAGUAUCGAGCUGUUCCAGAGCGACAUCUAUGCUUAUGCAAUCUCUGACUUCAAUGAGCCAAAGUGUGGUGGAGUUAAGAGCCCAGCUUCAGCUACCCACACUGGUCCUUGGAAGGUCUCUCCAUCCUUGGAAAGCAGUUCUAAGUAUCUAACUGCCGAACUUGAUGGCGACUACGAUCCCGAAUCUGUCUCCGUUACUUUCUAUCCUAACAUUAUAGAAUCUGGCAACUACUCUGUUAAUAUUUACACACCAGGUUGUCAAGCUGACGAGACUUGCGAGACCAGAGGUCGUGUGAAUGUUACCGGAAUCAUGUCAGGCGAUGAUGACAAGGAUACUAAUUUCACUUCGACAUUAUAUCAGACCAAUUACUUUGACAAGUAUGAUCAGAUCUAUUUCGGAUAUAUUGAGAAGAACUCGGGCUCUUUCAAGCCUUCUGUCACUCUUCGUCCCCUUGCUGGUCAAGAUGUUGACACUCUUACUAUUGUUGCUCAGCGAGUCGAGUUCACUCUCACCAAUUCCACUGGUGGUCUGAACGGCCUGUUUGACUUCGAUCCUGAUCAGGCAGUUGUCAACGCUUCAAGUCUCAUGAACUCACCAAUCAACAAACUCGGCUCCAGUUUCGACAAAGCCUCCGGUGUGAGUAUUCUGGUUACGGACAGCAAUACUACCUACGUUGGCGGUAACUUCACCUCCAAAGAUCACGACAACAUCCUCGCUAUUAUCGAAAAUGACGAUGUCAAGGAACCUGGUGGCGGCUUGAAUGGCGAGGUCUUUGCCAUGUAUCUCAACGAUACACAACUCUACGUUGGUGGUGACUUUUCUAAUACCGAGAAUGGACCCGUGACUGGCUUGGAUAACAUAGCUGUUUACGACACUAAGGAGGACAAGUGGAACGCAUUGGGAGCGGGCCUUGACGGUCCUGUCAAGUACGCUGUGCCUUUAAUGAUCAACAUCACCGCGGAUACGCCCGAAUUGGUCAUUGCAUUCACCGGCGAGUUCACCUCAUGCAACGCCUUUGACGAUUUCAAGGCCCUCUCAGUCGAUGGAUUCGCUAUUUGGGUUGCAUCCAAGGCCAACUGGCUGCAAAACCUUGAUGGCAACUAUCCUGCUUUCAGUGGAUCACUCACAGCUGCUGCUCUCGACGUCCCUAUGGAUGGCGGUUCUUUCUACGCCGGUGCGCUCUCGUCUGCACAACUCGGUAUAAACGGCGCUGCCACCCUCUCCGACGAGGGACUUGGCCAGUUCCCUCUCAAGAUCCGAACACCUUCGCCGUCGUCCAACUCCUCUGCUCUGAGUCGUCGAGAUGUUACUUCGUUCAACAAGAACACCACUGGUGUAGUAACGGGUAUCUUUUACGAUGAUAACGACUACAACAUCACUGUUCUCGCAGGCCACUUUACGACCGAGUCGACAAAGGGCGAAGAGAUCCAGAACAUCGUUCUCCUUGAGGAGGACACUGUCAUUGGACUUGGCUCCGAUAUCUCGAACAGUUCCACCUUCGUCGCUCUCGCUGUCCGUGAAGGUGUCCUGUUUGCCGGUGGUGACAUUAGUGGCACAAUUGACGAAACUGAGAUCCGUGGUCUCGUCUCCUACAAUCUGGAAUCGAAAUCCUUCAACUCGCAGCCACCAUCCGUAUCGGGAGCAAACAGUACUGUCGCUGCUAUCGCCGUUCGUCCCGGCGACUCUGGUGACAUUUACGUUGGCGGCUCGUUCGACACUGCAGGUGCCUUGGACUGCCCUGGUCUCUGUACCUACAACGUCAACUCGGGCCAAUGGAACCGUCCAGGCAGUGAGCUCGAGGGCACCGUCUACAGUCUACUAUGGCUGAGCAAAAACCAGUUGGUUGUAGGUGGUGAGCUUGGUGGUAAUGGGUCUGAUCAACGUUCCCUCGCCAGCUGGGACGCCAACUCGGAGUCCUGGUCCAACUUUCCUGGCUCUGAGGACAUCCAUGGCCCUGUUACAGUCAUAUCCCCUGGAUCUAGUGACAACGACCAGCUCUGGGUGUCGGGCACUUCUCUCAAGGACGAUUCGGUCUUCGUCAUGAAGUACGAUGGCGAGAAGUGGCAUACGGUUAAACCCUCCCUAUCCUCAGGCACUAUCAUCCGCGGCCUACAGGUCUUUUCUGUGACUGAGAAUCACGAAGACUCUGACACGUUGGAUAAGAACCAGGUCUUGAUGCUGACAGGUUCUAUCGACAUUCCCGACUUUGGGGUGACCUCGGCAGCUAUCUUCAACGGCACAGCUUACCAACCAUACGCUUUGACGAUUAAGGCAGGUGACGGCCCGGGUACCAUCGCCAGCAUAUUCUCUCAGAGGGAUAGUUUCUUUACAGAAGAGAAGCGCAUGGCUUUGGGCUUUGUUGUCCUUAUCGGCCUAGGUAUCGCACUUGGACUGAUGCUUCUUCUCGUCCUUUGCGGUAUUAUUCUAGACCGCAUCCGCAAGAAGCGCGAGGGUUAUGCUCCUGCUCCUACUUCCAUGUAUGAUCGAGGCAGUGGGAUGCGACAUAUCCCACCUCACGAGCUCCUCGAGUCUCUUGGCCACGGCCGAGGUGGUGCGGCACCGCGCGUCUAA